AUGGCAGAACUACAAGACAACAGCCCCUGGAAAAUCCAGUUUAUCCGACUGCCGGAGCUGCACCUUGACCCCAAGGCGGCAGAGCAGAUUCACAACCAUUGCUCCACCCCUGCCACCGUCAGGCUGACCAGUGACCAGUCAUCCUCAGAGACAGAUGAAGAGUGGAUCCCCAACCUGCUUCUUAAGUCCACUUUGGCCAUGUCUCCAUGGCAACGGGAGAAGGUGACAAGGACCGCACUCACAAUGAAAAAGCUUGCAGAAUCCAUCCCUAAAACUCAGAGGAGGCACAGUGAGAAACCCAGCCCAGAGGAACUCUUACCCCAUAUACCACCAUCGGAUUCCCAGGGAGCCAGCUUGCUCCGAGAGUGA